UCUGAUUCAGCGAGUAUCCUAACUGCUGUUCCCUUUCCAAGCUGGACCAAUUUGGGAAACCCACGAUGAUGUCAAAGCGGUUCAAACCGGGAUUCCUCUCCCGUCCCCGGUGCGCUCUGCUCUGUUGCUCUACUGCAAUACUGGGGCAAAUUGAAAAUGCGGCGGGUGCCAUUUUCACACGCAUGGGUGUAGAAGGGAAGUACUAAUAUUGGAGGGGAGGGAGAGCGCAAGAUGGACGGGGUUCAUUAAGGUAUUUCAUCCAGAAUACAGUACAAGCAAAGGCGAUUUAUGUGGCGAUUUUUUUCUACCGCGCACUGAAAUCGUGAUACUGUAACGGUUCAGUGUUCCAUACCCCCCGCGCCAAGCAAUCGGUCCUUGCUGCUUCAGCACCUGGAGACAGAGGUUCUUGCAGCGUAUUUCCUUGUCAUAGCGAGGUCUCCCCCAGCUGCUUAAUUCUCUCUCCUCCAGAUCCAGCUGCUACCCUGGAGCUCUGACUGACAGUACACACGGACCCGACGCGACCGCGACACAACCAUCCCUCCUCAAACGGAAUAUGCGUAAACGCACGGCACAUUUUUUGGGAGAGAUGCGGCACAACCACAGCAAGCGGCUGAUGAGACAAUAGCCUAUAUCUCACCAUCAACAAUAAUACAUAUUGUGCUUCGUGGUUCGUCAUCAUUCCAUCCGGUCUGCAACGUUCCGGGGUUUCCUUUUCGAGAUUGUUCAUCCCCCUCGGUGUGAUAUUUGACAGGUCCCUUUGUUGGGUGGAGUCAAAUCCGGAAUUCUAGAUAUUGGAAUCAUCACUGGCAUCAUUUCAGGUCAUCAUCAUGAAGGACGGUGUUGUCAACAACAGCACAGCCAGCAUCUCCCACGCCAGGAAAGCUGUGGAACAACUCAAGAUGGAGGCUUGUAUGGACAGGAUAAAGGUGUCGAAAGCGGCAGCAGACCUGAUGGCAUACUGCGACGCCCACAUACGCGAGGACCCCCUCAUCGUGCCUGUGCCCGCCUCGGAGAACCCCUUCCGGGAGAAGAAGUUAUUCUGCACCAUCCUCUGAUGCCCAAUAGGGGGCAGACCAGCCUUAGGCCGGGCCCUGGUUCAGGCGUGGAAUAACACCUGGCAUCUCCUCUUCUGUCUUCACUGUACCUGAAGCUAACAACACGCUGUGAAACUAACCAGGAAGUGACUACCCUUUCAGCCUUGUAGUUUUUCAACUUUUAGAUUAUUUUUUUCUCCUAAUGGUCUUCAAGCGCAAAAAAAACAUAUGAAAAUGUUCUUCAUUAAAAAAUCUUCAUAAAAAGGCAUCUGGUCGAAGUAAAUUCAUCUACAAAACACGAAUAUAAUUAUACAUAUCACGAAUGUUAUGAUAUAAUAUUGAAGCCCGUUCAAAAGAUUAUGGAACAGUAUCCUGAAGUAAAAUGGAAGUGAUCAUCCCUUUCACAGCGAACUGACGUUACCCUAACCACCCCUACCGAUUACUACCACUGGAGUAACAUCUUACUGGCUGCUGUUGUUGUUGGUCAGCUCUGUCCCUGGUGGCUGAAGGGGUGGCGUGUUGGUGGGGAUAGAUACCUUUACAUCUGGCAACCCAGUGACAUCUGGCAACCCAGUGACAUCUGGCAACCCAGUGAGCUUGUUUGAGUGUUAAAGUCCCACUCCAGCUAUUUGGGAACUUUUCCCUUUGAAAAACAAUAUUUCCAAGUAUAAAUACAUUAAAGUACAAAAAAAAAGAAAACAAUGUUUUUUUUGUUGUUGACACAAUUGUGAAAUUCAAAGGUUUGGCAGUUCAAGGGGUUGGUCUGAUGCUGCGCUCUGUUAUCGGCCCCUUGCUAGCUGGAACAAUAGAGGAGCAAUUGAGGACAAAAGAGAAAGGCCCACCCCCUCCACACUGUCAUGAGGAUACCUGGAGCACCUAUUGAGAUGGAACCUCUGUUAAGUAAAUCAGGUGAUAAAUGAGGUUCUAGGGAGGCUGGAGUGGCUCUUCAAAGUCUGCUAUAUCUUUGAUUGGUUGGUUAUUAUUGCUUAGGGUUGCACAAUUCUGGUAGCUUUCCCAAAAUUUGCCGGUUUCCUAGGAAUCUUCCAACAAUGAUUUCUGGAAAACCGGCAAAUUUGGAGAAAGUUAUCAGAAUUUUGCAACCCUAUUAUUGCUAAUUUGUUGGUUGUUAGAGAACAUCCUUGUUUAGUGCUUUAUUAUGGCAUGAUGAGAGAACAUUUUUAUUAUGAACAUGUCUUUUCUUUUGUUGUGCUAGAUGAUUUUAUUUACAUGCCUCAGGAAACAAACAAACAAACUUUUUUUUUUUAAAUUGUUUUAUUUGAUAUAGUCUUUAAUCUUGAAUUUUGAACCUAUAUUCUUUGAGUAUGUACCCAUGAUGUGUAUAUAGCAUGUUAGUUCCCACUCUCCAUUUCUCCAUACCAACAUAGCG